GGGCAAUAUUUAGAAACAAGGUCGGAACAGCUAAGAGACAAAAGACUCCAUUCGCUCAUGAAACGAGGUGGAGUGGGCGCCAGGGAUAGUCCUACGAAGGAUCGCUAUGCCGGGAAGCGGCAGCAGCAGGUUGGUCGUGGUGGACGACGGCAGAAACCUGGCUCCAGAGAUGUGUCACCCGCUCCACCUGCCUGGCCGGCCAUGCAGAGCUCCAAUACGGCCACGGCAGUUCUCCCUCCGGUGCUCUCCCCCCACCAGCUGGCCAUGCAGCAGCAACACCUGACAGAGACUGCCGCCAAGACCCCGCUCAACGACCUCAUUGUCCAGAUACAGAGACUCACUUUCCCAACCUCCUGUAACUUUGUGCUCACCCUGCUGGAGAAGUACAUCAAGGCAUACCUAGCAAGUGAUGCGAUGCUAAAGAUAUCCCUGCCCAAGAAGAUACCGCUCCUGACACUAGUCAGCUACUUCAUCCUGUGUCAGCCGGUCCUGGUGAAGGUCACGGGGAAGAAGAACAAAGUCGAGCAGAGGCCGACACCCUACUCACCUCUAGAGGAGCUCCAGGUGAUGGUGUCGCUGGUCAGGAAGAUAGAGGAGACGGCCACCAUUGACCAUCAGUUCUACAUGUUUGAGGCUGUCUUUGGAGGCUGCAUUGGAAGCAUUAAGACUGGGUCGAGGGCCGGGGAGUCGUUCAUGGAGCGAGUGGUGUGCCUGGCGGUCAGUCUCCAGAGCAGUCCUGUCCUCUCAUGUGUGGCUCUCUGGAUGCAGGUGUCGAAUACAAUUUAAAAUCUUGUAGCAAAGUUGUCAGAUGUGGUGUAUGUUGCAGGUCCACCCGAGUGAGGCCCUGGGCCUCAGUCACUCUCUCUACUCCAGUUUCUGUGAGCAGCUGCCCAACGCCAGUGACCCUCUUGUCCAGGUGGCGUCUCUGUCCCCCCAGCUGGCUCGCCAACUCGCCUCCUCCUUCACCAUCCUUCACCCCUUCCACAUCGUUGGGACCCCAGUUCCUGGUGUGGAUCCUGCGAGACUCUGUCCUCCGCGACAGCUCCUGUCCAUCAUCUCCCACUGGGUGGAGAAGACACCGCAGUUCUUGUACGCACCUCGUCUCAUGGAGAAAACAGACGUCAUCGCUUUCCACUCGCCCAUCAAGGGCUCUACUGCUGCCCCGUCCGCCACUACCACCGGGACCUCAGAGUCGCCUCUUGCAGGCUUGAUGAGGUGGAGCAUACUUGCACCUUGCCACCGCCACCAUCCCGAACAGGGUGCAGAAGAACUGCAGAAAAAAUCCCUCGUGCACAAAAAAGUCAAACAAUUCUCCGAGAAGACUAAAGAAGGAUUAUCUUCAGCUACUACGUCGACUGGAAGAGAUUCACUGGCACCCGCUGGGGAGGAGGGUGAGGGGAGAGAUAAGAACACAGAGGAGGAUUUCCAGAUGCUGAUAUCGAAGCUCCACGCCAACAUUCUCUCCGUGAUUCUCUCAGACUCUCAGUCGUUUCCUCGCGACACGCUCACUAGCGACCACAUCGCCGUGACGGUGGCUGCGUUGCUGGGACUCAGUCGUCACCAGCCGGCACAGCUGAAGAGGAGGGGGAAGGGAGGCGUGGCAGCAGCAGCAGCAACAGAGGAGAGGAACCAGGGAGAGGGGGAGAACCACCAGGAACUGGAGGAGUCCGUGGAGAGCUAGCUGUCGGAUCGGCCCCUCUCUUGCUCUUUCAAGACUGCAAUGGCGAACAACUCCAGCGCCCCCGAGGGCUUCCAGACCACAAGCCAGACAGCUGCUCCAGCAGCCGCGCGCCUAGCUGGCCGCGUGGACAGCGCGGAGGGCCGCGCAGAAGCCGAUAGGAACAUGACGGAGGCCUCGGGCACCAACCGCCAGGUGUACACGUCCCAGCACAUCAAGAACCAGGCCUUCGCUGUGUUCGAGGAACUACGGCAACAGAAACAGCUGUGCGACGUAGUGAUCCACAUCGGAUCCUCCGAGUUCAGCGCCCACCGCGUUAUCCUGGCGGCUGCCAGCCCUUACUUCAAGAGCAUGUUUACUGGUGAGCUCUCAGAAUCCCGUCAAGAGGACAUCACUCUCAGAGAAGUCGACGAGAAAGCGAUGGAGCUACUCAUCAACUUUGUCUACGUCGGCACCAUCGAAGUGAGCGAGGACAACGUCCAGAACCUCCUCCCCGCGGCCAACCUCCUCCAACUGACAGAUGUCCGCGACUCUUGCUGCGACUUUCUCCGCAAGCAGCUCGAUCCGAUGAACGUUCUUGGCAUCAUUAGCUUUGCCGAUCUCCACUCUUGCCCCGAGCUACUCACCGAGGCCCAGCACUACGCUCGAAAACACUUCUCAGACGUGCGUUCCUCCGAGGAGUUCAUCACGCUCCCCCUCACGUCGAUUGUGGAGCUUAUCUCGAGCGACGAACUGGGGGUUCUGGCGGAGGAGGACGUUUUCGAGGCCGUGAUUCAGUGGGUGAAACACAACCGGCCGGAGCGCGAGAGGCACCUCUCGGAGCUGAUUCGACACAUCCGCUACGAGCUCCUCUCCAGCAACUACGUCCUGAAACACGUGGCCGAGGAAGAGAUCAUCAAGACGAACACAGACUGCAAGGAUUUCAUAAUCCAGGCCCUGAAAUACCACCUCAUGUCGCCCUCCGAACGAGCCAUCCACAGUCGACAGGUCAACUCCAGAAUUAGAGUCGGCGGGCCACAGUCCAUUGUGAUAGUGGGUGGGCAGUCCCCAAAGGCCAUCAGAAACAUCGAGAUCUACGACGUCAAGAACCACGUGUGCAAGUUGGGGCCCGUGUUGGUAUCGCGGAGGUGUCGAUGUGGUGUGACGGUCCUCAACGGGUCUGUGUACGCAGUUGGAGGCUUUGACGGGUCUUCGAGAGUCAGGUCAGUGGAGCAGCUGGACCUGAACAGGGUGUGUUGGGUCCCGGUGGAGCCAAUGCUGUCUCGACGCAGCACCCUCGGAGUUGGCGUCCUCAACGGAGAGCUGUACGCCGUCGGAGGCUUUGAUGGAAACAAUGGACUGGACUCUGCUGAAAAGUACAAUCCAGACACCAAGCAGUGGAUGGACGUAGCACCAAUGAGCACCCCUCGGUCCAGUGUGGGCGUGGCAGUCAUGAACGGCUACCUCUACGCGGUGGGUGGCUACGACGGAGUCGCUCGUCUCUGCCUCAACUCGGUCGAGCGCUACAACCCUCGCACGGACAAGUGGACCUACAUCGAGGGCAUGAUCCAGAGACGAAGUGGGGCAGCCGUCGCUGUCAUGGAUAAUCUCCUGUAUGCAAUCGGGGGUCACAACGGUCCGGACAUCCGUCGCAGCGUCGAGCGAUAUGACACCAACCUCGGGAAGUGGACCCGAGUGGCAGAUAUGAACACCCCGCGUCGCAACGCCGCGGCGGUUGUCGUCCACAACAUGCUCUACGUAGUGGGCGGGGACAACGGGAUAACGAACCUGUCGUCCAUCGAGAUAUUUGACCCAGUGUCAGAGGUGUGGAAGUUUGCAGAGGGAGGCCUCACCCAGGGCCGCAGCUACGCUGGAGUCACCGUCAUUGAUAAACCCUGCGAACUUCUCUUCCAGGAGUAACAGACUCUUGUACAUACAAUGUAUGUAUAUAUUAGUAUGUAUGUAUGUAUGUAUGCAUGUAUGCGCAGACACUGUUCCAAGAAUGUUACACACCAUUUCGUUUGUAAAAUGUCGGCUGUGGUUGAUAUUUGUUCACUACUGAUUAUGU